AUGCAAUCGUCUACUAAUGAACCGUGUGAUAUCUUCAGUGACGAUGAAGAUGAAAAUGAAUCUCGUCUUAGUUGUUCCUUACGUUGGCUAAUUAGUAAAGCAUAUCCUCAUGGUUCCAUUCCUGAUUAUUUACCAAGCGAACAUUUUUUCCAAAACGAAAAUAAUGAGCGCUUUCUCUCGCCUGAUAUCGCCCUUGUUUUACUAUCAGGCGACUUAUACAUACGCGCAUUUCAAUACAUCACUAAUCAACAAGAUCAAUUAAUCACAUACGAAGAUUUAGUUAAUUAUUUUUACUUGCAAAAUGUUAUUAUCGAUAUUAAUCUACUGAAACAAGAUGAUCCGUUGAAUGCUCAUGUUCAUCUGGAACUUAUCGACAAUUUAAUGAAAGUUUAUUUUCAAUACGUUCUCGAUCAAAGUCUUCUUGAGCAACGCUUUGAGCAUCUUCAAUUACAUGGUGUUUUAUCAAUAUUGAAGAAAUCUGCACACUUAAACAUCGAAUCUCUCUUGAUUAUCUGGCUGAAUGGUAUAUGUGAGCAUAUGGCUAGUCAGUGGUCAAAACGUAUACCGCCAGUCAUCGAUCUGCGUAGUGCAUUAAUCGAUGGAACGUGUUUACAUGCUCUUGUUUCUUAUUAUGAUAAAGAAUACGAAACCAAAAAUGAUUUAAUCUUUCUGAGAAAUUAUCUUAAUCAUUAUCGUGGAAGUAAAAUGACCAAUAUAUUUCCAUUUACAGUACGAAACUUACAGGAGAAUCUCAUUCCGGAUAUCAAUCUUCAAGCUAUGUUAGUCGAUCUCUUUGUUUUAUAUGAAAUCGAAGAAAAUUUCGAAAAGAAAGAGUCGCCGAACAUGACUGAUGACAAUGAAGAUGAAGAAAACUUGUGCACGAUUAAGUCGAAUCAAACGUAUUCGAUCAAUGGUGAUGAUAAUGAGGAUGAUAUCAAUGAAUUUUUUAUUUUAAAUCAUGACAAUCACGAACCCAAUCUUACCGGUGGAAUUUUACAAACAAGCACAAAUCACGAGAGACAAACGGUUGCUCCUGUGAAAAGUAGUUUGAAGAGUUCGGUAUCUUCGUCAACAGUUACUCAUACAUCUCCGAAAAAAACCACGUUUAAGCCAACGACAACCACAUGGCAACGACAAGCUUUAUCAAAUCAAACCACUCCGAUGAACACAACCCGUACGAAUGAAAUAAUGCCUGUCGAUGAUCAUCAACUUACUAAUGAAUAUCUCACCGUUAAAAUGCAACUAGAAAUGAAAAAACGUUCGAUCGAACGUGAUAAACAACGCUUAGAAUUGAUGCGUGAUAACAAACGUCAAACAAUCAGUCAAGAAGCAUUUAAACAAUUAUUGCAACAGAAAACGCGGAAUACAUCAACUUUAGCAAAUGAAUUCUUACUUUCACCACAAUCGACUAACAACAAUCAAAUUCGUAAAUCUCAGACAACUGCAGAAUUCCGUUCACAAUCAAAUACACCAGUUGCACAACAACCGACUAUAGCCGAAUCGAAAAAAGAGGAAACAUCAAUCAUAGACCUUUCGAAACCUAUGACACGUGACGACUUUUUAAGUACACUCGAAUUACUAAAACAGAAAUAUUUGGAGGCAACACCACCGCCUGCGCUCGAAGAGAACCGAACUGAUGAAAGUCGCCGUAUCGAACAAUUGAAUUCGAACAUUGGAGAACUACAACAGGUUUUAACAAGUUUAUCUGUGAAACAGGAAGAAAUACAUCAUCAGGCAGUUAACGCCAAUGGUGGUAAUAUAUCUCGCAAUGCAACAUUUUCCACGAAAUCGAUGACCUUUCCUCGCCGAUUAUCGGCGUCAUUAUCGCACGAAGAGCCCGUCGACUCGCCGGCAAUUGAAAAGUUAGCUCGAACAAACGGUUUAGUGCUUGACAUCGUCGAAGAUCCGUCAGUGUCAACAGCGCUUGAAAUGGAACGUAAACGUGAACUAGUCUUUCAAAAACAACAGCAACGUCAGGAAGCAUUUGAACGACGUCGACAAACGCGAGAAAUUGAAAAUCUAAAACGUGACGACGAACGACGAAGGAAAGAUCACGAAGAAUCAGCGAAGAAGAUCGAACGAGAACAGAGACGGGACGAAAUUUAUAAGCAAUAUUUGAUGAAAAAAGACAAACAGCCAUCAAAUAAUAACGAUCAUGCCAAUGCAGAACAUCCCAUCAUCAAAAUGAGACCGAAAAGUUCAACACUUCCAAAGCCACCGAUUGAAAGACGGCAAACUGGUCCAAUAGUAAUUUCUGCAUUUGGAACUCCAGUUGAUGGCAUACCCUCAAGGGACACGUUUGACAAUACCAAUCUCAACGAGACUAUCACUACUCCGUUCACAUUCAUCCAAGUGGGUGAUCAACGUUCUACGAAACCUCCCACUCCACGUAUUAAAAUUGAUUCACGAACAUUGCCACGUUCAUCCGCACGUUCGACGGCCGACCCUGCAUUACCAAUCAUUCCAGUAACUGAACCACGUUAUCCCCUAGCUAAACCCCUAUCAGGUAAAAGUAACAAACAAACCAUAAUCAAUUCAUUGACACAAGCUAUUCUGGCUGGUCGAGUCAAUGAUCGCGUUCGUGAACAAGUCUGUGAAGAGAUCGAACGUAACUCGGAGAAAAUCAAACAUUUCGUUAUCUUAUUUCGUGAUUCACGUCUACAAUUUCGUGGUAUAUACACGUUCAUUCCAACCCCAACAUCAGAUAUUCCAACACGUAUUGAACGUUUAUGCGGUCAAGGUCCACGCGAGAUCACUGAAUCAAUGGUAGAAAACUUUUACAAAUACAAUAAUGGAUCAAAAAAGUUCACUCAAGUGCCGAUCAAGUCCUUUAGUGUUCAAUGUGAUGCAGUAACGAUAAUGAAUCAAUAUUGGACUCCCCAAUCCGCGGCUUCAAAACGAACAACAGCAACUACUAAUACUACAACUUCUCCUUCAGGCCCGUCUGAUUAA